GUAAUUCAUGCAAAGCAAAACAAGGUCGUGGGAAGCAGAGCGAGUAGGCGAGCUCCUAUGACCAUAUCUGCGACGUAGAACAGAUUAUAAAGACGAGAGCUUAACCCUGUGCAUGAGAACUCUGGACAACCAUCAAUAAUCUUCUUCUUCAGCAUACUUGACCAGCAUGCCUCACCUUCGCACCCUGACCGCAGUGCUCGGCGCAGCUCUCCCAGUGGCUAACGCUUGGGGCUCACUGGGCCACGAGACUGUGGCCUUCAUCGCGCAAGACCGCAUAGCUGCGCAUACGGUAGCCUGGGCUCAGAGUGUCCUGAGCAACACCAGCACUUCCUACCUGGCGGGCAUUGCCACAUGGGCUGAUACCUAUCGCUACACUGCCGCUGGAACUUUCAGCGCCCCGUUCCAUUUCAUCGACGCAGAGGAUAGUCCACCGUCGUCGUGUAGUGUGGACUACGACCGUGAUUGUGGAGCAAAGGGCUGUGUUGUAAGUGCCAUUGCAAACUACACUCAACGCGUCGUUUCUACCACCCUGAGUGACACCGAGGUCAAUCACGCGCUCCGUUUCCUUGUCCACCUUAUCGGCGACAUUCACCAGCCUCUGCACGACGAAGCUCUCGAGGUUGGUGGCAAUGACAUCGACGUCACUUUUGCCGGGGCCUCGACAAAUCUGCACCACAUCUGGGACACAGAGAUUCCCGAGAAGUUUGUCGGUGGUUACGCUCUUUCUGAUGCCAAAACCUGGGCCAAAACUCUCAACACUGCCGUCCAGAGCGGUAUCUACGCUUCUCAGGCCGCAAGCUGGACCAAGGGCAUAGACGUCACUGAUCCAGUCACGACGACCCUCGGUUGGGCUUCCGAGGCGAACGCAUAUGUCUGUUCCACCGUCAUACCCAAGGGCCAAGCUGCGGUUGAGGAUGUCGACCUUAGCGGAGCUUACUACAACUCGGCCAUCUCGGUUGUCGAGCUUCAGAUCGCCAGGGCUGGUGUAAGACUGGCCGUCUACUUGGACGCUGUCGCGAAGAACCAGAAGGUGCUCACCAAACGCCUCAUCCAGGACGACGUGGACAUGAGCGGAGCCGAUCUACUGCCCGCCCCUAGACCAUUGAGCAAGGCUAAAUUGGUGCGCGAGGCCGUUGGAUAUGGAUGUAAGCACUAAAUCAAAGGCUGCAGAAUGAUCUUGGUGACUGUGAAAAACUUGCUCCGAGCGUUGCACGAAUUAUUAGAUGGUGACCUUGAGAUUGAGAGUUUGGCGACGGUUAGGGGUAUCAGAUAGUUGGCGGAAGAUAGGCGCUUGUGAUUGGGCGGUUGAUUUGGUCAAUGUCAAGUCUUGUUGUUUAGUCCGGCCUCCCCGCGUACGAACAUGGUCACACUUUAGCUGUCUUGAUGCACCAGAAUUUCCC